UGACUUGUCACGCAGCGUCAGUCCGGAGUCGCACAAUUAUGAAAAAGCUAUCUUCCGCUGGAGCUGGAGCGGAGGCAGAUUACCCCGACGUCACCCGGGCUUUCCUUCCAAGGCUAAUCGAUAACACCGCCGAUAGAUGGCUAAGAGCCACGGAGCGGCUCUUCCUGAGUUUGCACGGUGAAGAGAAUGAAAUCCUGGGUAGAAAGAACUUUCACCAAGCGGGAAUGUGUGUACAUACUUCCAGUGUCAAAAGACCCACACAGAUGCCUUCCAGGAUGUCAGAUCUGCCAGCAGUUAGUGCGGUGCUGCUGUGGGCGGCUGGUCCGGCAGCAUGCCGGCUUCACCGCCAGCCUGGCCACCAAGUACUCGGACGUGAAGGUGGGAGAGAGCCCCAUGCCCGAGCUGGAGCAGUGGUCGGUGGAGAAACACACGGAGGAGUCCCCUACUGAUGCCUACGGUGUCAUCAACUUCCAGGGGGGGGCCCACUCAUACAGAGCCAAGUACUUGCGGUUGUCCUACGACUCCAAGCCUGAGAUGAUCCUACGCCUCAUGCUGAAAGAAUGGCAGAUGGAGCUUCCGAAAAUCGUCAUCUCCGUCCAUGGUGGCCUGCAGAACUUCGAGCUGCACCCGCGUAUCAAGCAGGUGGUGGGGAAGGGGCUGAUAAAGGCGGCUGUCACCACCGGUGCCUGGAUCCUGACCGGGGGCGUAAACACAGGUGUAGCAAAACACGUGGGAGACGCCCUGAAAGAGCACUCAUGCAGGUCCGCACGAAAAAUUGGCACUAUUGGGAUAGCUCCAUGGGGAGUUAUUGAAAACCGGAACGACCUCAUCGGGAAAGAUGUGGUCGCCGCAUAUCAAACGCUGCUGAACCCCUUGAGCAAGCUGAACGUCCUCAACAACCUGCACUCACAUUUCGUCCUGGUGGACGACGGUACGGUCGGCAAAUAUGGCGCCGAGGUCAAACUGAGGCGGGAGCUGGAGAAGCACAUCAACCUGCAGAAGAUACAUGCCAGGAUCGGUCAGGGCGUGCCAGUAGUGGCCCUGAUCUUCGAGGGCGGACCCAACGUCAUCCUGACGGUGCUGGAGUACCUGCAGGAGAGCCCGCCCGUGCCCGUGGUGGUGUGCGAGGGCACGGGCCGCGCCGCAGACAUCCUGGCCUACGUCCACAAGCAGACGGAGGAAGGCGGGCGCCUGCCUGAAGGGGUUGAAACCGAAAUUAUUGCAACUAUAAAAAAGACCUUCAACUUUGGGCAAUGUGAUGCGAUCCACCUCUUCCAGAAGCUAAUGGAAUGCAUGAAGAGCAAAGAUCUGAUAACCGUCUUUCACAUUGGAUCUGAGGAUCACCAGGACAUCGACGUCGCCAUCCUCACAGCCUUGCUGAAAGGUACCAACACCUCUGCCUUUGACCAGCUUGUCCUCACCUUGGCCUGGGACCGGGUGGACAUUGCCAAAAACCAUGUGUUUGUAUAUGGGCAGCAGUUACUGGUGGGCUCACUGGAGCAGGUAAUGCUGGACGCGCUGGUGAUGGACCGGGUCGACUUCGUGAAGCUGCUUAUAGAGAAUGGGGUCAGUAUGCACCGGUUCCUCACCAUCAGCCGGCUGGAAGAGCUCUACAACACGAAACAAUCCCCAACCAAUGCAACACUGUAUCACCUUGUAAGGGAUGUGAAGCAGGGUAACCUGCCACCAAAUUACAAAAUCACGCUGAUUGACGUUGGCCUUGUCAUUGAGUACCUGAUGGGUGGGACCUACAGAUGCAACUACACCAGGAAGAGGUUCAGAAUUAUUUACAACAACCUCCACGGAAGCACCCGGCGAGGACGGCAUUCAUCCAGCAAUGCAUCACAGCUGCGAAAGAACCAUGAGGCCUUCAGCAUCCAAGCAGACAAGAAGGAGAAGACCCGUCACAAUCACUUCAUCAAAACCGCACAACCCUACAAACCCAAGCCAGAAUCCACGACGGAGCAGUCAAAGAAGAAGACCCGCGAGGAGAUUGUGGACAUCGACGACCCAGAGAUGCGGCGCUUCCCUUAUCCCUUCAACGAGCUCCUUGUGUGGGCUGUACUCAUGAAGCGGCAGAAGAUGUCGCUCUUCUUCUGGCAGCACGGUGAGGAGUCCAUGGCGAAGGCUCUGGUGGCCUGCAAGCUGUGCCGCUCCUUGAGUUACGAGGCCAAGAAGAGCGACGUGGUGGACGACACGUCCGAGGAGCUCAAGGAAUACUCAAAUGAAUUUGGCACGCUGGCGGUGGACCUGCUGGAGCAGUCCUUCAGGCAGGAUGAGACGAUGGCCAUGAAACUGCUGACCUACGAGCUGAAGAACUGGAGUAACUCGACCUGUCUGAAGCUGGCGGUGUCCUCCAGGUUAAGGCCCUUUGUGGCCCACACCUGUACUCAGAUGCUGCUGUCUGAUAUGUGGAUGGGCCGGCUGAACAUGCGGAAGAAUUCCUGGUACAAGGUGAUCUUGAGCAUUUUGGUUCCACCAGCCAUCCUCUUGCUGGAGUACAAAACCAAGGCAGAGAUGUCCCACAUCCCUCAGUCGCAGGAUGCCCACCAGAUGACCAUGGAGGACAGUGAACACAACUUCCAGAAUGUAGCUGACGACAUCCAAAUGGACGUUUUCAAGGAAGCCAGAAUCAACGACAACGUGGAAGUGAAGAGUGAGCCGGAGGUGCACGUGCGCCCCCGCAGGCUGCCCAUCACCAGGAAGUUCUAUGCGUUCUACCACGCCCCCAUUGUGAAGUUCUGGUUUAACGCGCUGGCGUUCCUGGGCUUCCUGAUGCUGUACUCUUUCGUGGUUCUGGUCCGGAUGCCAGCAUGGCCCUUGCCACAGGAGUGGAUUGUCAUCGGCUACAUAUUCACCUUGGGUGUGGAGAAGAUCCGUGAGAUGUUUAUGUCAGAAGCUGGAAAAAUAAGUCAAAAGAUUAAAGUGUGGUUCAGUGAAUAUUUUAACAUAUCGGACACCCUCGCUAUCCUCACAUUCUUCGUGGGGUUCGGAUUAAGAUUUGGAUCAGAUGAAACUUUCACAACGGGAAGGCUCGUCUAUUGCCUGAAUAUCAUUUUUUGGUAUGUGAGGCUCCUCGAUAUCUUGACUGUUAACCAGCAAGCUGGACCCUAUGUCAUGAUGAUUGCUAAAAUGGUUGCCAAUAUGUUUUACAUAGUUGUCAUCAUGGCAGUGGUCCUCCUUAGCUAUGGCGUUCCUCGAAAAGCCAUCUUGUACCCAAAUGAAAAUGCAUCGUGGACCCUAGCUAAGGACGUCGUCUUCCAGCCGUACUGGAUGAUGUAUGGUGAAGUGUAUGCUUAUGAAAUUGAUGUCUGUGCAAACAACUCUGAAGUGAAACACCUGUGUGCGUCAGGGGUGUGGCUGACACAACUACUGCAAGCUGUCUACCUCUUUGUUCAAUAUAUUCUCAUGGUGAAUCUUCUCAUCGCUUUCUUCAACAAUGUGUACUUCCAGAUGAAGUCCAUGUCCAACCUGGUGUGGAAGUACCAGCGUUACCACUUCGUCUUGGCGUACCACGAGAGGCCGGUGCUCCCCCCACCGCUCAUCUUACUCAGUCACCUGGCUGCUCUCUUCUCCUGCAUCUGCAGGAAGCGGAAGAAAGACAGUGGAACCUAUGGCCCAAAGCUUUUUCUAACAGAAGAAGAUCAAAAAAAGUUGCACGACUUUGAAGAGCAGUGUGUGGAGAUGUACUUCCAAGAAAAGGAUGACCAGUUUCACUCCAAGAGUGAGGAACGGAUCCGGGUGACCUCGGAUAGGGUUGAAACCAUGUGCAUUCAGCUGAAGGAAGUUGGCAACAGGGUGAACUUUAUAAAACGCUCUCUUCACACACUAGACUCUCAGAUUGGCCACCUGCAAGACCUGUCUGCCCUCACGGUGGACACGCUGAAGGCUUUGACUGCCCAGAGGGCCUCAGAGGUCAGCAAAGUCCACAAUGAGAUCAGCCGGGAGCUCAGCGUGUCCAAGAACCUCGGGCCCAACCUGGUGGACGUGGGAACGCAGCCGAAGUCCUUUGCUUGCAUGAAGCACAGCAUAGGGGCUUACCUCGGGUCAUCGUUCGUGCAGGGCGGCGGCAAAAUUCCUGACUCCCUGUUCAGUUGCGGAGUUCGGGAAAUGGCUGAGCGGGGUUCGGGGCCUGACCUCCACCCGAGGAACACGGACUGCCUGGAGGAUGGUUCCUCGCAAAGCGUUUUAGGCAAGAGUGGGAUGUCUCACCCUGACCUGCAGCUGGGGGGGCACUCCAUCGAUGGGGACAGGCUGGCCCUUCCCGAAGAGUCCGGGGGUGUCCCCCCGUCCCAUAGCCCACCUGACAUCCCCUCUCCGACCGCACGGUUUUUUGUCAGCACUCCAUCUCAGCCAGAUGGCCCUGUCGGUGAUUCCACAGAUGAGGGGCACCUGGACGUCCCACCCGGGAGCCCUACCGUCGAAUUUGGGGCGUUUGUUGGUAAGUGUCCGAACAGGAAAUGCAUGUUCCCCAGCAUUGUUAUCAUUACGACUGCCCCCGAUUCUGCUGCUGCUGCUGCUCCACCUCCUCCUUCCCCUCGGGAGCUGCGUGCUAAGGGGGGGGGGUACAUCAACGAGGCAUUCUGCAAUGAUGAGGCCACCGCCUAUGGGGGUUCUGCAUCCCGGGAGGAGAGGAGCAGCCCCUUACCGGGCUGUGACCUGGCCUCGGCCAUCCGGCCCAAGAAGACCCUCCAGGAUGGAGGGAGACCCGCUGAGAACACAAAGCAUAGCCGCUGCGGUAAAGGAAUCCUACAGAAGCUCCGGGCCUCGGCCAGAGUGAGAGGUCACAAAGAUAACUUGGAGCCUCAGAGAUCAUUCUCGAAAGACGUCAAUCCUGGAAAUAGGCAAUUCACUCCAUACAAGAGGAUCAAUGAAAUGGGUCAACUAGAAGGUCAGAUGAGGACCGUGAAUUCAUAUGCUGGAUUCACAGAGUUUGAUAGGAGUCCUGAAUCUCUCCGUCCUGAAAUGGGUUCAGCACAGAACAGGAAGGAAGGCAGUCGAGUAUCCGCUGAAGAUAUCUUCCACGAGGACCUGAGGGCCUCCUCAGUGUUGGAGCAGGUGCAGGUACAAGGCAAAUCAGGCCAAGCCAGCGGUCUAGCUCCUGGAGAGGACCUCCUAAAUGCCCCAGCAGGCCUCUAUGCCUCAAGACACACGCAUCUGGCAGGCAGGAAGGACUCCAUUGGUUCCCCCUUCAAGCCUAUGGACACAAGUUACCAAUAUUCAGCUGUGGAGCGCAAUAACCUGAUGAGAUUGUCUCAGAGCAUUUCAUUCACCCCUGUGCCCCCAAGAGGAGAGCCCAUCACAGUGUACCGGCUGGAGGAGAGCUCCCCAAACACCAUCAACAAUAGUAUGUCCUCUUGGUCCCAGAGGGGACUGUGUGCAAAGAUAGAGUUCCUCAGUAAAGAAGAGAUGGGUGGUGGCCUGCGGAGGGCGCUCAAGGUGCUCUGCACGUGGUCUGAGUAUGACAUCCUCAAACCAGGCCACCUGUACAUCGUCAAGUCUUUCCUGCCAGAGGUGGUCAACACCUGGCAGAGCGUCUACAAGGAAGACACUGUGCUGCACCUGUGUCUCAGGGAAAUUCAGCAGCAGAGAGCUGCUCAGAAGCUGACUUUUGCCUUCAACCAAAUGAAGCCGAAGACUAUUCCUUAUUCUCCCAGGUUCCUGGAAGUGUUUCUGUUGUACUGUCAUUCUGCUGGUCAGUGGUUCGCCAUCGAAGAGUGCAUCACUGGAGAAUUCAGGAAGUUCAACAACAACAACGGGGAUGAGAUCGUCCCCACAAACUUGCUGGAAGAAACCAUGCUAGCCUUUAGCCACUGGACGUACGAGUACACCAGAGGAGAGCUGCUGGUCCUGGAUUUACAAGGUGUUGGGGAGAUACUGACUGAUCCAUCUGUGAUAAAAAGUGGGGAAAAGGGGUCGUAUGACAUGGUGUUUGGACCUGCAAAUCUGGGAGAUGAUGCAAUAAGAAAUUUCAGAGCAAAACAUCACUGUAAUUCCUGCUGCAGAAAACUGAAACUUCCUGAUCUGAAGCGCAAUGACUACACGCCUGACAAGGCAGCGCUGAGUCCAGAUGAGGCGGCGGACGGUUCGGCUGCCCUGGGAAGCAGCACCAAAGAGCAGAAGCACUCCAUGCGGCUGAUGCUGUGAGGCCGCCCGCGCGGAAUGCAGACGCACACGGUCAGAGCGCCGCUCUUCCGCCCGCUCGCUUAACUGCGCAGAUGCAGAUGCUUGAGUCGGUCAGCUGCACCUCAAAACAGGCAAAGGUAUCCAUUCCAAUAAACACCUGUAUCUGUACAUUAUCUGCCUGCAUCUUGGCAGAAAACAACAAAUGAGCGAGCGUGAUGAAUAUGAAGAUUUUUAAGUAUGUACCUGGGGGGGGGGCAACUUUGAAGACCUUUUUUUUUUUUUUUCUUUUUCAAGUUUAUAUAUUGCUAUUAGCAUAUGAAGGGGCUAACAACUGGUACAAUCUCAUUGUAUAGAUGGUUAUAGUAUUUAUUAUGAAUUAUGAGACGCUGCCUUGUAUGAAACAGAAGCAAUUUAAAGUGCAUUGCCAGGUUUCGAAGAGAACCUGUCUACAUUUAGACUGCAAGAAUUUGUCGGGCAGAAUGUACUGCUGAUUUUUAAAAAUAAAUGUAAAAACAAUGUAAAAAAAAAAAAAAAGUAGUGAUAACUCUAUGGCAUUUGUGGUACAUACUAUUAAUAAAGUGGAUUUCAAAUCUUGUAAAAUAAGGGCAGAUUGCAAUGCAACUUUUACAGUACAAUGUAUGUAAUUUUAACGUGUUGAAGUCUAUAUGAAACUGUGUCCACCAAAAAAAGAGAAAAUGUUAAUAGGUGCAUUUUUAAUGUUACAAAGGUACUAUUAUCACUUCUGUCAUUCAAGUGUCGUACGAACAAAUUAAUCUAGUGUAUCUUAUAGAUACAUUUAUAUGGCACGAACAUAAUGGAUUAAAGGUAGAAUAUUUUAUGCAGGGGAAAUGUGAACCGUAUUAUGGGGAUAAUACUGUAUUCCUUUUGUACUGUAUAUCAUUUAAUAAAAUAUAAAAUGCUUAA